UGUCUGGGUCAUAGAUGAUGCAACGCAUGCUCUCGGCUCUCCUCUGCUCUUAACUUGCCUCGUAUUCGCAAACGGAUGUGGACGGACAACGUUCUCUUACCAAAGAGUAAAGGUACAUAUUCUUAUCCUAUGCUGUAUGAAUUUCUAACGACUAUUAAUCUCCUUGGAUGAAUCGCCUAUUCUGUGUGCCCGCAAGACUUCUUGUGAAAUAGGUUUACAUUACGGCACGUGCACGGUGGGCAUUACACCACAUGUAAAUUGAGCAAAGUAUUAAUCACAUUUUGUCAAAGGAAAUUUUACCCUAUUUUCUCUUAUAUGAUAUAUUGAAUAAAACGCUGUGUAACAAUGAAUAUGGGCAAGAAAUAUUAUAUAGUUGAAUUUGAAGACGGUAUUCAAAUUAUACCUGAAAAUUGGUUUACUUGUGACAAAAAAUCUGCGGUAUAUUGGCCAAAUUUGAAAACUCAGAAAGAAUAUGACAAAGCAGUUGAAAAAAUGAAAGAUUUAAAAAAUGACAGUAUAACAGUUGAUAUUAAAAAGAUAUUUGGAAGUACAGAUAAUUUUGCAAAUGCAAAAAAAAAGUUAAAAUUAGCUGAGAAAUUAUCAGAUUUGAAUUCAGAUGAAGACGUAGAAGUUAACAAAAAAAGAAGAAGGCUUAAUGCAGCAAAAAAUUUUUCUUCAAGCAGUGAAGAAGAAAUUGAUAAAUCUGUAAGAAAUAAAAAAAUUGAAAAAUAUCCUGAAAUACCACAACAGUUAAAACAGCAAAAUAAAAUAUCAAUAUCACGUCAUAUUAUAAAUGAUAUAGAAAAUUGUCAUUCAGAAAAAGAGCAAAUACAAUACUCACAAGUUAAAAAUAAUAAAGAUCUAUUAGCUAUUGAACAAGCAAGAGAAUUUGAUGAAUUUAACACAAUUAAUCCGAGGAAAGUCCUGGGAAUGUCCUUGGGACGAAGGAUGUUGUCUUUAGGACAUCCGUGGAAAAUUUGUGCUAUGUUGUUUUGUAUGUUAAACAUCCUAAAAGAUAUUUUAAGACAUCUACUGGAUAAAGACAAGAUGAAAUUUGGUCAUACAGAAACAUCCUAA